AUGUCUCCUGCUGUGAAGAAUAGCACAGAGCCUGAUCUUAAUAUCAGCUUCCAGGACUAUUUGGUGCUCUCGAAGCUCGUUUUCGACUGGGCGGAUAGCUAUGAUGCCAAGGACUGGGAUCGUCUUCGAAGCAUCAUUGCUCCUACUCUGACGGUGGAUUACACUAAAAUUGGACUCAAAAGAUGGGAUGAUAUGCCAGCAGAUGAAUAUAUGGCCAUGGUCACCCACCCCGGCUUUUUGGGAGAUGCCACCAUCAAAACGCAGCACUUGCUUGGCCAGACCUGGUGGGAGAGGAUCUCCGACACCGAAGUCAUCGGUCAUCACCAGCUGCGUGCAGCUCAUCAGGUCUAUACCGAUGUGGAUUUGCAAGAAGUGAAGCUGAGGGGCCACUCGCAUGCUACCAACGAGCACUAUUAUCAGAAGAUCGACGGUGUCUGGAAGUUCGCCGGCCUCAAGCCCAAUGUCCGAUGGAACGAGCUGAAGUUUGAGGAGGUGUUUAAAGGAUUGGAUUGA